AUGCCAGCAGUCACUUCGGGCAAGGUCCUCAUCACUGGCGCGAACGGCUAUAUAUCUACCUGGACUGUCAAAGCUUUCCUCGACGCCGGGUUCUCCGUCCGAGGCACAGUCCGUGAGGAGCGAAAGGCCGAGCACCUCAGGAAGGUCUUCAGCACAUACGGUGAUCGAUUCGAGAUCGCCCUCAUCCCCGACAUGACCCUCGACGACGCGUUCGACGCGGCCGCAGCGGGCACCAGCGCGAUCAUCCACACCGCCUCCCCCGUGAACCUCCUCGCCGUCGAGCCCGCGGAGGCGAUCGUCCCCGCCGAGCGCGGCACCGUCUCCGCCCUCCGCGCCGCCGCGCGCACGCCCUCCGUCCGCCGCGUCGUCCUCCUCUCCUCCUUCGCGACCGUGAUCGACCCGCGCGCGCCCGUGUCCGGCCCGGACGCGCGCGCGCGGGUGUACGACGGCGCGUGCUGGAACGAGGGCGACCCGGCCGAGGUCGCGCGGCUCGGGCGCGCGAGCACGGGCGUGAACAAGUACCGCGCGAGCAAGGUCGCCGCGGAGCGCGCGGCGUGGGCGGCGUACGGGGAGGCGAAGGCGGCGGGCGGGGGGAGCUGCGCGUGGGACCUCGCGGUCGUGAACCCGCCGUGGGUGUUUGGGCCGGUGAUGCACGAGGUGCGUGGGGGCCCGGAGACGAUGAACGAGUCGAACAAGUACUGGCACAGGACGGUGUUCGAGGGGAAGCCGGUCGGGGUGCCGCACUCGUGGAUCGACGCGCGCGACCUCGCGACGGCGCUGCUGCUGACCACCACCAUUCCUGCGGCGGGCGGCCAGCGGUUCCUCGUCGCAGAGGGUCCGUUCAGAUGGGAGGACUUCAGGCUGCUCGUGGCAAAGGAGUCGAGCAAGGCGCCUCCUCUCGAAGAUCCCUACGAUCCGAGUGCCGAGUACCUCAUUCGGGCGGACACUCGCCCUGCGCAAGAAAUUCUGGGGAUGGUCAAGUAUAGAAGCAAAGAGGAGAUGGUGAAGGACAUGUUGGCCGACUAUGCAUUGCGCGGCUGGCUGUGA